CGCCUCUUUACAAGAGCAACGUGACAUCUCAUAAAAACGUUUUUUUUUUUUUUAUUUGAUAUUCAAAACCGCGAUGUCGAAUUUUAUUUUCUACAAAAACGCGGUAUUUUAAAAGUGAAUGUUCGAGAAGCUAUGAGUGAAAGAGACGACAUGACCGUGGCAAAUGGCGUUAUCACGUUGUCUCUUUCGGUGUGGCGCACGACUUCGACAACGCGACGCGUUAGUUUGCCCCGCACGCGCAACGAGUGAAGUGCUCCUGCUUUUCACAAAAAACGUGGCAUCACGAGUAUACCACGUUUUUAGUGCAAAGAUGGCAUCACGAUCUAGGAUGUUAGUUCAAUUAGCUACAGGUGUUAAAAAUAAUUUAAGUGUACAACAAAGUGAUUCAAACUCUCAGAUAGAUACUUUAACACAAGAUGAGAAUGAAAAUGCCAAAAGCUCGACCAAUACAUUGCAGACAUCAACAGCAGGUAUUUUUUUACUUGUACUGAUAAUAUAUUUUUUUAUUCUAGUUAUGUUCCUAUAAUUUCAUUAUUUCAUUCCUUUUUGUAGACAAAGACAUCGCAUUAGAUUCCAUCCGACCUCGUAGUAAUUCGACUAGUAGCAGCGGUUCCUCUAGUUCUAGCAGUUCUUCAAGCAGUGGCCCAUCUGUGUAUCAAGACAGCGACGACUCAGUAAAGGAUCCUGAUUAUGAAGCCCAACCAAAAAAACGUGCUGAGUAUUCUUCUGAUACUGACGUGGAACAAAAUAUCACUACUAACUAUAUAAACAUUUCGGAUGAUCAACAUUUGGUAACAUCUAAUAUAGUUUCAACAAACAUUGAAAACUCCGAGGAACCACUUUCGUCUACAAACGAACAUGCUAUGGUAUCCAACGAUCUCGGUGUCAUAGAGAACAGUGAAUCUUCUGCGAUUGAAAACGUAAGUAAUGGAAAUGCUGUAGGGCUUAUAGUGUAUAAUUCUAGUCCAACUAAAACUGGUAAAAAAAGAAGACUUAAUGUAGCAAACUGGAAAGUCAAUGUAGCUAAAUGACUGAGAAAUAGUGGGAAGCCUUAUCAAUCUACCAAAUAAAAAAAAAACAUGCCAAGUCGUGAAUUGAAACCUUCUUGUAAAGAUAAAUGUAAAUUUAAAUGUGGGUUUAAAUUUACAGAGGAGCAAAGACAGACCAUUUUAAAUGAUUAUUGGAGCUUAGGUGCAAUAGAAAAACAAUGGACGUUUAUUGCUAAUAGCGUAGACAUAGUCAUCCCAAAACAACGUUACGUUAAAGUUGAUUCGGAUGGAAAUGUUGCAACUAUUCGAAACAACAACAACGCUUUCUUUUUGACUAUUUCUGGUGAAAAAACAAGAGUUUGUAAAUUGUUUUUCAAAAAUACUUUGGGGAUUAAUAAUCGACCCAUAGAGACUGCUUUGAAAAAGAAAAAUAGCAACACUAAUAUUUCUUCCAUGAAAGAUAACCGAGGUACUCAUUCAAACCAUUAUGCAGUGGACGAAAGCAUUAAAAAUGGCAUCAAAUUGUUUAUUGAGUCUAUACCGAAGAUUGAGUCACAUUAUAUCCGGGCUAACUCAAAACGAAAUUAUAUUGAUGGUAGCAAAGCUGUCACAGAUCUUCAUAGAGAUUAUGUAGAAAAAUGCAAAUCCCAAAACGUCCCCUAUGGAACCUACAUUACAUUUUAUCGUAUUUUCACACAAGAUUUUAACAUUUCGUUUUUCACUCCUAAAAAGGAUUUAUGCGAUAUUUGCGAAGCCUAUAAAAACAUCACAGAUGAAGAGAAACAAUCUAAGAAACAAGAUUAUGAAUUACAUCUUAAGGAAAAGAAUUUGUCUCGUAUUGAAAAAGAAAAAGAUAAGAACAACAAAAAUAUUUUAGUAGCGGUCUAUGAUCUUCAAGCAGUGUUCCAAUGCCCCAAAGGAGACAUCUCAGUUUUUUACUACAAGUGCAAACUAAAUGUACUUAAUUUAACAAUUUAUAACUUACAAAAUAAUUUAGUUGAGAGUUAUGUAUGGGAUGAGUCUAACGCCAAUAGAGGUGUCAACGAAAUAGCUACCUGUGUUUACAAAUACCUGGAGAAAAUUUCGGCAACGGCUGAAGACCUCGAUGUUGUCUUUUAUUCAGACAAUUGUGCCGGACAGCAAAAAAAUAAGUUCAUGAUCUCAAUGUACACUUACGCAGUCAAAACUCUGCCAAAUCUCAGAUCAAUUACACACAAAUACCUCGUUAAAGGACAUACGCAGAACGAGGGCGAUUCAGCUCACUCUCAAAUAGAGAGAGAAGUUAAAAGGCAAUUGAGAUCAGGACCAAUGUAUACACCUGACGCAUUUAUCGGGGCUAUAAAGGCGGCACGGAAAAAAAGCGAGCCAUUUCAUGUUAAUGAAAUGUGCUUCGAUGAUUUUUUUGAUUGGAAAAGUAUAUGCACUCAAAUGAACUUUGCAAUAAUGAAAGAUGAAGACAAUAAUUCUGUGAAACUGGCUGGACUGAAGAUGAUAAAAGUUCAAAGCUCUGAUCCCGAUGCCAUAUUUUUCAAAGAAUCGUACGCUGACGAAUUAUUUAAGAAAGCUAUAGUGGUGAAAAAAAAGAGAAAUCAUAAUAGUCAAAGCAUUAAUUUAGAUUUGCAAAAGGCCUAUCUUCAAAAACCUGGACUAGCAGAGCGAAAAAAAGCUGAUCUCAUGGAUUUGGUCAAAACAAAAAAAAACCUCAUUCCUAGAUACCACAAGCCAUUUUACGAAUCGUUGUAAUAAGACUGAUUAAGUACAAAGAUUUUUUGAAUUGUAUUUUUUAGAAAUAUUUAAUUGCUACAUUCAAAAUGAUAGUGUUUUUAUUAGUAUUAAGAGAAUUUGUGAUUCUAUGUUUAUGAAGGGUGAUAGCAAUGUUCCUAUUUUGAAUUUCUAAGUACUAUAAAACUGGGUGCCAUAAUUGUGUUAGAACUUAGAAGACGUUAAUUACCAUUAGAUAACUUUAAGUACAGUUAUCUUUUUGAUUUUUUAUUUGUAUGAAAGUAAUUUUUUAGUUACCUUAUAAUUUUAAUUAAAGCUAGUACUAAGUACUAUGUGAUUGAUUGAUAGUCCAGUCAAAAUAGACAUUUGACUUAGCCAAAAUUCGCAUAGAGCUGAAAAUUGGCGGAGACGUUAAAUACAUAAUUAUAAAGAAAAUAUCAAAAGUCCCCUUCGAUCCCACUUCUGC